CGGCGGAGGGGAGGGAGGGGGACGGCUGGGCUCCGGCUGGAGGAGGGGCAGGCGGGGCGGGACCGCCGCGCUGCGGAGGUGCGCUCCGGUGCCCGGCCACCGCGGCCAUGGGACGUCCCGCGGUACCCCCGCGCCUCCCGCACGCCCCACACCCGCUCUUCUGGCUGCUCUGCCUCCUCCCGCAGCUGCUCAAAGCUGCCAGGCCAGGCCAAGCACCCAGAGACCAGCCCCUGUGGGCACUGCUGGAGCAGUACUGUCAUGCAGUCACCACCCUCACCAACCUCUCCGGUCCCGACUCCUACUGCAACACGACCCUGGACCAGAUCGGGACGUGCUGGCCCCAGAGCGCAGCCGGAGCCCUGGUGGACAGGCCGUGCCCCGAGUACUUCAACGGCGUCAAGUACAACACGACCCGGAAUGCCUACCGAGAGUGCUUGGAGAAUGGGACGUGGGCUUCACGGAUCAACUACUCACAGUGUGAGCCCAUUUUGGAUGAUAAGAGGGAGUAUGACCUGCACUACCGUGUUGCCCUCUUUGUCAACUACCUGGGCCACUGUGUUUCUGUGGCAGCCCUGGUGGCUGCCUUCCUACUUUUCCUGACCCUGCGGAGCAUUCGCUGCCUGCGGAAUGUGAUUCACUGGAACCUCAUCACCACCUUUAUCCUGCGAAAUGUCAUGUGGUUCCUGCUACAGCUCAUCGAUCAUGAAGUGCAUGAGAGUAAUGAGGUCUGGUGCCGCUGCAUCACCACCAUCUUCAACUACUUCGUGGUGACCAACUUCUUCUGGAUGUUCGUGGAGGGCUGCUACCUGCACACGGCCGUCGUCAUGACCUUCUCCACUGAGCGCCUGCCCAAGUGGCUCUUCCUCUUCAUUGGAUGGUGUGUCCCUUGCCCAAUCAUCACCGCCUGGGCCAUCAGCAAACUCUAUUUUGAGAAUGAACAAUGCUGGUUUGGCAAGGAGCCUGGUGACCUGGUGGACUACAUCUAUCAGGGCCCCAUCAUCCUUGUGCUCUUGGAUUCACUUGACCCUCAUCUUUGGAAUGUCCUUGAUGUAUAUGAAGCAGAGAUGACUAGAAAGAUCAAUUUUGUAUUUCUAUUCAACAUCGUCAGGAUCCUAAUGACAAAAUUACGAGAGUCCACCACAUCGGAAGCAAUCCAGUAUAGGAAGGCAGUGAAGGCUACCCUGGUUCUCCUACCCCUUCUGGGCGUCACCUACAUGCUCUUCUUUGUCAACCCUGGGGAGGAUGACCUGUCGCAGAUCGUGUUCAUCUACUUCAACUCCUUCUUGCAGUCGUUCCAGGGUUUCUUUGUGUCUGUCUUCUACUGCUUCUUCAAUGGAGAGGUGCGCUCUGCCGUGAGAAAGAGGUGGCACCGCUGGCAGGACCAUCACUCCCUCCGAGUGCCCGUGGCCCGGGCCAUGUCCAUCCCCACGUCGCCCACGCGGAUCAGCUUCCACAGUGUCAAACAGACAGCUGCUGUGUGAGCCCCCAGACGCCCCACGUGUGCAUCACCCUGCCGCCAGGACAGCUUUCUGAUCUCCCACACCUUUCUCUGGUUCUCCUUGCCUCACGGGCCCUGGUGGGAGCAGAAAGGAGGGGAGAGCCCAGCUCACCAGUCCAGCAGGAGGGGCUGCACAGCAGCACAGGGGACUCUCAGGAACCAGGGCUGGCUGGGCCCCAAGUCUCAGUGCAAGAGGGAGCAGAGUGGGGUCACAGGACCCCCUCCACCAGAAGAGCCGAUCAUCCAUCUUCAAGCAUUCUCUCCCACCAGCUUUUCUGGCUGGAUCCUCACUGUAGCCCUGUUCACAGAUGAGGAAAUUGAGGCCUGGAGCCAGGAGGGGCCUGCCCAGGUCACACAGUUCAUGGCUGCCCCGGGGCUCCUCUGCCCCUCAAGGUGCAGGCCUUCCACCAGGUGCAGGUGAUGGUUGGCCCUGCUCCCUGCCUUCUGCCCCCACACUCAGUGCUGCCCUCUGCUGUUCCUGGAAAGGAUUACUCUGGCAGGCUUCAUCCCAGGGCCUCUCACCUAGAGCCCUGACCUACCUCUUACCUGUAGCCUCAACUACACUCCACCCCUGACCAAGCCGUCCCUCACCCCUCCCCAGCCAUCCUCAUGCCCCUGGGGCCCUGGGAAGGAUGCUGCUUCCUCUCCUGGGAGACCUCUUCUCAGCCUAGUCCACAGAUUGGGGCCUUGGAAAAGGGCAGGUGGGGAGGAAGAGGUGGCCAGUGCGCCCAUAUGCUCUUAAGCCAAGUAGAUACAUAUUGCAGGAUGAAACAGGAGGAGAAGCAUGGGGGAGGCUGGGAGAAGCGUGGGUUGGGAUAGUGGAAACCAAAGUAUGUCUUUGGUAACUGUAACUAGUGCCCUAGCCCCCACCUCAGCCUGGGCUUCAGCUUCCCUUUCAGCAACAGCAUCUCUGCUCUCUGUGAAAUAAACCAUGCCUGUGUGGAAA